UUGUGUGAAAGAGGAGAAGCAGGGAAGAGGAGUAUCCAGAUGGUUGUUUUUGCAAACAAUAACCAUUCAAAAAACUAUCCUAAAUAUCGACAACGGACUUAAGCGACAUCGCUGUCAAAUAUAAUCUGACCAAACGGAGAAGCUGUUGAAUACUGCAAAGAGGACAAUCAUGCCUGCUCUCUCUGCACCCACUGAUAUCAGCAGCUCACCCCCUUCUCCAGUGGACAGCAGUCCCAGGAGGCUGUCCUGGGGAAAACUGGUGCAAAGACUGGCAGAUUUCAGCACAUCUGCAAGCAGCAGCAUUGAGUCAGGGUCCAACAAUGGCAGCAGGAGUGAUCUCUCAGACUCAGGGUCAGAUGUCUCCGGUGAGCUGUCCCCCUGUCAUGAAGACCUGUUUUAUGAUCCAAUGGAGGAGACCAUCCUGAAAGAAGUGGUGGACCUAAUUGCAGGAAGCCUGAGAGAAGCCAAAGACUCAGACUGCGCCUUACGAUGCACCAAACUGCUCAUCCCAGAGAAACUUCUGGAGCACAUCGGACAGGAGCUCCUUCACCUGGCAGCUAGCGAGCCCUGCGGCUUAAGAGGGGCUCUCAUCGACCUCUGUGUGGAGCAAGGGGCUGUGUGUGAGAGCGUGGCACAGCUCUCCGUGGACCCCUACCUUGUCCCCACCUUUCAGCUGACUCUUGUGCUGCGGCUGGAGUCUGGAGGGCUUUGGCCUAAAAUCCAAGGACUUUUUAGCACCAAGUCUCCUUCCACUCCAGUCGUUAGACAAGCUAUUAAACUUAGCACUGGUUUCCGAGUGAUAAAGAAGAAACUGUAUUGUUCUGAAGAACUGCUCAUUGAGGAAUGUUGAGAAAUUUAAGGGACCUAAUAUUUUAUUGUGUAUAUUUUUAAAACACCCUUUUAAGCUCACAGAAGGGCCUUAUUAUUACUAUAACUGCGUGUAUAUGAUGCCUUCUGAAGUGUUCGGAGGGACUUUGCAGUGGUGCAGACAAUUGUUCCCACUGUAGGGGAGUUUAUGGUACCUGGAGGAAGUGUUGCUUUUCCAAUUAAAUUGCGUAACCAUCAUUAUACAUGUGGUAAACAGGCAUUUUGCAAAAGUGCGUACCUCAGUUUCUAUUGAAACACAACGGCAGCUAGCUAUAUGAUUAAAGACCAUUGUGUUUUUUUUUUCUUUUUAUACAUGGCAUUUAACUGUAACGUACUCCAAGUGGUGAGAUGUACACCAUUCAAACCAUUAGGGAUCUUAGUGACUGCUUGAAUUCACGAGCAAAGGCUUACCAGCACUUGCAUUGUGUGUGCGGUUAAUGUGCAAGCUGCAGCUAAGAACUUGAUCUUGUUUCUGUGUAGACUUGCCCUGCCUUCACCUUUAUUUAUUUGACAUUCAAAUACUCAUAACAUUGCACUGUUUUUGUACUUUCAUGACUGCAAAUAAAUUAUUUUUUGUAACAAUU